UGGGGACUCCUCCCAAUGUUCCUCCACCGCCUGGCCCACGUUUAGUCACGUGACUCUUGAUGAAUCAUUGGCGCGCCUAAAUUGUCGCCUGUACAUUUAGCCGAGCUGAGAGCGAGAGACACCAGAGCAGACGAUACUUUUGCGCUGUGACGUCCAGUUAAUUUCUGACUUAACUACUAGUCAUUUUGGAUACUUAAACGAAGGAAAGAUGUCAUACCGGGCAACAAAAUCAGGCCUCAGCGCUGAGACCCAGGACAAGAUUAACAAGAAGUAUGACGCUGGCUUGGCCGCUGAGAUGCUCGAGUGGAUCAGCAGCAUGACCGGCGAGUCGUUCAGCACGUCAGGAGAUAUGGACAACUUCCAGGAAACGCUGAAGAACGGGGUUAUUCUUGCAAAACUUGCCAAUGUCCUGAAACCCGGGAGCAUUCCAGCUAAGAAGCUUACUCCUUCCACACUGAGUUUCAAACAGAUGGAGCUGAUCCAGCUGGCACUAGAUGUCUUCAAGAAAUUAGAUGUUAAAGAAACCGAGAUAUUCCAGUCUGUUGACCUCACGGAACGAGUCAAUCUUAACCAGGUCGUGAUUUGUCUGCAGUCGGUAGGAAGGAAGGCCGGACACGGACCAAAGGAAUCAAAGGAAAACAAGCGUGACUUCUCAGACGAACAGUUAAAGGCUGGCCAAAGUGUCAUUGGACUUCAGAUGGGUACGAAUCAACACGCAAGUCAAGCUGGUAUGAGCAUUGGAAAAAAGAGGAUGAUCACAAACGACGAGAAACAGUGAAAGCAGCAAUUUCAUGUAGUAACCAGCACUUAAAGCAUCCAAACAUCUUAUACUUUGCUUCUCGCCUUUCACACAGAUGAUUUGGCUGAUUUUAGCAAUUUUGCAAGAGACCAGCCAGUCACCGACUCAUUGACUCGUUUCGUGUGAAGUUCAUAGUCCAUGGGCGUCUCUAUUAAUGACAUUGCUGUGAGGUUUAGGACUCACCGCCGUGACUUGACGGGUGUUUUUCCUUGGGACCAACUUUAAGUGCGAACUAUUCAAUGGGUGGUCUGAUGCUGUGGUGGUUCCAUCAGUGAAGCUGCUACCAGACUCGGAGGGUCAGACAGUGUUAAUGAAGAUACUUAUAAAUUUGCAUCUCAUAUUGUUGAAAUAAAUAUAUUCUUGAAAACUGUGCAUAAUGUGUAUAAUUAGAAUGGAAUUUUCAGUUUGGAACUUUUUGUCAGAUUUAUAUGUACAUCACGCAUAUUAGUUAUCAUAAACGGAACAUUUCAAAACGGCGAUUUUUGUAUUUCGCUCAUUUUCAUUGUCAUCCUGGGACCAAUUUUUAUAGUUAUAUCAUAAUUGCUAUAUUUGCAAUAUUGGUAAUUGAAAUAAGUUUACACAUGCUUAGAUUAGACAGUUGUGUAUGGAGGAAAUGGACAGGAAUAAAGAUAUAUUCACAGAUA